CUGUGUGUUACACUGAAAUCUGUCCGGAGGAAGUUGUGCACACGGCCUUGUCACAAAAGAAAUGGCGAGCGGAAUCGGCAAACACAAGAUACUGAAUGUGGGGCCAACAGAGCCCUGGUCCGUCAGGGAGAAGCUGUGCCUGGCCUCCUCUGUUAUGAGGAGUGGUGACCAAAACUGGGUUUCUGUAAGUAGAGCCAUCAAGCCUUUCUCAGAGCCUGGCCGUCCACCAGACUGGUUCUCACAGAAGCACUGUGCGUCACAAUACUCGGAGCUACUGGAGGCCACAGAAGCACCUAAGCGUAAGCGUGGGGAGAAAGGGGAGGUGGUCGAAACCAUCGAAGACGUCAUUGUUAGAAGGCUAACCGCUGAGAGGAUAGAGGAACUAAAGAAACUACUGAGAGACACACAGGAGCAGUACAGGAAGUUGAAGAAGGAGGUGGAUCUGAUACAAACCGGUCACAUGGACUCCCAGCUGAAGGAGCUGUGGACAGAGAUCACAAUAAAGAAGAAGCAGGAUGAGGAGGAAGCAGAACAGAAGAGGAAAGCCACAGAAACAGCGUACCAAGUUCGACAGGCUAUGAAAAACACCCCUAAGCGGCAGCCCAGUGUUACUGUACGUUCUCCCCUGGGUGCGAGUCCACCCACCGUGGACUCUCAGGGGGACGCUUCAGUCCAAACACCGCCCAUGGAUACUGGAGCUGUGACCUCUGAGGACACCACCACCACCACCACAACCCACUCAGUGGCCCAGGGGGUAGGAGUGUUUCUUCCAGUGAUGGAUGCUCCAGGCCCGGGGCCAAAAGACGGAGGCCUGGCUGCUCUAGUAGACGAUACACCGCAAAAAAGACUCAUAGCCCAGAAGGCCACACCGCCACCAUCACCUCUCCUGUCAGAACUGCUGAAAAAAGGCAACCUCAUCUCCGCCAGCCCCCGUCUGGUUGGGGAGGGAGACUGCACAGGGAGCCUUACUAAUGGAGUGCAGACGGCCACCGCCACCACUGCUUUACCAGCCAGUCAUGAAGUCAUCACAGUGGGUGAAGCUGAAGUGAAAGUAGAGCUGGGAGAGGAGACGGGAUUAGUGGAAGAGGACCUUGUAGCUGUGUCCUACAUGGGAGAUGAAUUGGACCUGGAGACAGUGGGAGACAUUAUUGCCAUCAUUGAGGAGAAGGUCGAUGACUCUGUGGAGGCUUUGGAUGCAGCAGCAGUGGAAGCCGCUCUCUCUCUCUGUGAAGAGGCCGUCUCAGAGGGACACACCCUUCCUGGCCCGUGGGAGACCCAGGAGCUGAAGUCUUCAGACCCAGCACCCCCAGUUCCAGACUCUGAUCCCACACAGGAGCCUCAGAAUGUGACCCCAGUGUCCGCCUUAAUCCCUUCAGGCAUAGAGACCCCGAAUCAACCAGAAACUAAAAGAGAAGAGCAGCUUCAGGGAAACUGCCAAGGACAUGAAGUGACAGGAAGUGAUGUCACUUCUUCUGUCAACUGUAAUGACAGAGCUUCAGGGAACGAGGUUUUGGAGGAGGGGUUGGCAGGUAGGGAAGUCACUGAAGCAACAGUGAAGAGUGAAGGAGAGGAAUGGAGUCAGCCGGAGCCCAACCCUCCUUGUCUUGACUCUGAGGACAGCUCAGUGUCUGGGAAAGAGUCCAAGGAGGUGAAGGAGGAAGACGUGGGCAGCGAAGGUGACCCAGAUGAAGGAAUGGAGCUGAAGGAGGAAUGUGGGGAGGGGGAUGGUCCCUAUCUGUCUGAGGUGGAGCGGGCAGCUAGCGAGAGUGAAGACGGAUAUGGACCUCCCUCCCAACGCUACACAGCAGAUUCACUGGCCAGCAGCCCGGCCUCUUCCUCUCAGCUAUCUACUUGCGGCGAGGACCAAGAGGCUGUCCAGGCUCAGAAGAUCUGGAAGAAAGCCAUUAUGCUGGUGUGGAGAGCUGCAGCCAACCACAGGUAUGCGAGUGUCUUCCUGCAGCCUGUGUCAGAUGACAUUGCACCUGGUUACCAUAGCAUCGUACACAGACCUAUGGACCUGUCGGCCAUUAAGAAGAACAUCGAGUCUGGUGUGAUCCGCACAACGGCUGAGUUCCAGCGUGACAUCAUGCUGAUGUUUCAGAACGCUGUCAUGUACAACUCUUCAGACCACGAUGUGUACCAUAUGGCGCUGGAGAUGCAACGUGACGUCCUGGAGCAUGUCCAGCAGUUCCUCGCCACCCAGCUCAUCAUGCAGACUUCGGAGAGCGCCAUCUCCGCCAAGAGCCUCCGCGGGCGGGAGGGGAAUCGUAAGCCAGGAGAGCCGGCUGAGAAGGACAGUGUCCCAAUGGCCUCUCCUGCUUUCCUUCUCUCUCUCUUUGACGGAGGCACCAGGGGUCGCCGUAGUGCCAUGGAGGCUGACCUCAAAAUGAAGAAAUAGAUUUUUCAGAACGAGCCACCACGAGAGAAAAAGCGCUGCUCUUUGGAUCAGGGGACAUGGAGCUUUAUAUGUUCUGGUCCCUUGGAUUGUUUUCUAAGGAGGUGUGUGUGUAUGUGUGAGUGCAACGAUCCGACUUAGGCAUAGGUAAGGGUAUAUGUGGACGAGUAUAUCUGUUGCUGCAUCAAGCCUCCUCUUAAUCACAUCACAUGAUUGGUUUAUGUUCAGCUCACCACCUCCUCUAAGUGUCACUUCACCAGCGAAGGUAGAACUUCAUAAUUUCACUUUACUGAGGAGCUGCAGCACAGAGAACAGAAUCACCAGCAAAUGUUUGUUUGGGAUGAGGUGAUAGAAGCCGGAGGAUUUGAUCUUUUCUGAAUCAUGGAUGUAUAAAACUCAUCCUGCACCCGAAUGCAGCCAAGAUACCCGGUCGACAUCAUUACAUCACUUUUAGAAUUUGAAUGUGAGCUCCACAUAAAAGCUAUCGAGAAACCUUAACAACUGGAUUUAUUUCAUUCUUUUUUUUGUAAAUGUGAGUAAGGAUGAGUGUCUCCUUAGUUAGAAACGAAUGAUGUCAUUGAUCUGAUGUUUGUUUAGUCAUGGUGAGAAAGCGCCUGUGUGAUGUCCAUGUGAGAGCCCAUUAACUGCAAAGUUUCCAAGUUUGUAGAUGAACUACUGACCUUCACAACUCCCCUACAUUGAAGUCAGAACUCUUCUAUAUUACCUUCAGACAUUAGCCUCAUAACUAGCAGAGAGGUGAAUCUAUCAAUUAAGAAACACCUUGCUGUUAGUUAAAGUGACAUCAACAGUUGGUGGUUGAUUUGCGCCCCAUGUGAGGACGCUCUUUCCUCCAGGCGGGGGGCCCGGGUUUGAAUCGGACCUGUGGCUCCUUCCCCCCGCAUGUUAUUUCCCACUCUCUCCCUGAUUUCUGACUCUUAUCGACUGUCCUGUCUCUCCAACAAAAAGGCAUAAAAAGCCCCAAAAUAAAUCUGAACUGCAUUCCAACACACUUAACUAAGUGUUUUGUCCAAAUGCUGAAUUAGCUUGCUGUUAUUGAAAUGUUUAAAUGCAUAUGGACUUGUGUGUUGACCCUGAGAUUGCUCUCGAUAGCAGAAAUGAACAUCCCUGAUGUCCAGGUGGGCUGAAUGCACCAAGGGAAUUUAAGUAACAGAAAAAUCUUACUAAGGUGUUCUAUGAUGUAACCGUGAUGAAACAUUAAGAAGAAACAUGUUCUCUUAACACAAACCUCCAAUAAAAGUUGUUGUGAAAUGAA